AUGUCGGACGAUGCAAUAGAUUUCAUUUUUUCCAUCAUAUUAGAUGUAGAAAUAUACCUUUGCGCAUUUGUUUUACUAACAUACAUUACAACAAAGAAAGUUAAUAAAAUAAUUCAAUCUGAUUUUUAUAAAAAUGAUAUAUUAUUAAAUAGACUAUCCAAAAAUUUUUACAUAUUGGAUGUGAAGGCUUAUUUUAGCCCAUUGAAGUAUAUGUUCAAGAGUAUAAUAUAUCACAUAUAUUAUCUCUUUUCAAUCAUAUUUUUAAUUUAUAUAUUCAGAUUAUAUGCAAGUUACAAAAAAUGGAUUAAAUAUUAUUUUUUUUCGUUUUUUAAUAUUUCUAUGGACUCGUCCCUACUAUCAGAUGAUGAUGAACCUGAUGUACACUAUAAUAGUCGAAACUCUGGUGUAUUUAGCAUCCCACACAUCUUUGCUUUUAUUUUGGGGCUUUUUUUCUCAUUCUUUUUUUAUAAAUAUAUCAGAAAAUUAUUUAUAAGGAAGAAAAAAUAUAUAUCUGCACAUAAAUCUAGUUUGUUGCAUUAUUGCAUGGAGUUAGCCAAAAUAAAUUUCAGGGAAUAUGUAAAAAUAAAUCCACAAAAAAAGGGAUCCAGGUUUAAGUUCGACUUGGGUACAUAUAUUAAUCCGUACUGGAUAUUAAACAAUGAAACUACAAAUACAAACGAGCACCCUGCACAUGGCAGUGUGAGUAAGAGUGGUGGAAGCGGAAACAGAAAUAAUUCUCCAAAUGUAGUUGCACCGAAGCCAAAGAAAAACAUUUUAUUUCGUAUAUUUAACAUUGUUUAUGUUAAAAAUCAUGUAUUACAUGAUGAAAAGUUGUUAUAUGACGAUAACCUGAGGAACAAAUUACAAUAUGAUCAAAAAAUGGGAAGCUGGUGGGGAAAAUUCCUUUUUAUUAUUAUCAAGAUAUUGAUACAUAUUAUUAUUCUUAUUAUAAAUCUAGUUUUUCCAAAAAAAAAAGACCCAGUAAAAAGUUCCCCACACAAAACACCUCAGUCUGUCAACCCAGGGCCUGGCCAAAACACCCCCACCCAGACUACUUCACCUGAAGGUAUGAAGCAGGAUGGCACAAAUGUUAAGCCAGGUGUUGAAGAUUCCCACGAAGAGAACAAAGAGAUGAAGCAACCAUUAAGCAAAGAAAUUGAUACAGAGAUGAAACAACCAUUAAGGAAAGACACUGAUACAGAGAUGAAACAACCAUUAAGCAAAGAAACUGAUACAGAGAUGAAACAACCAUUAAGCAAAGAAAUUGAUACAGAGAUGAAACAACCAUUAAGGAAAGACACUGAUACAGAGAUGAAACAACCAUUAAGCAAAGAAACUGAUACAGAGAUGAAACAACCAUUAAGCAAAGAAACUGAUACAGAGAUGAAACAACCAUUAAGCAAAACCACAGUGCAGAAACAAAGCAAUAAUAAUGAAAUUCCCACAAACGAAGGAAAAACUAUGAACCAAAAUUUCCACGUAAAAAAUAACAUGUUGAAUAUGAACCAAAUGAAAGAAGGGAAACGGGAUAACGCAGAUCCCCCCCCUUUUAACGACAUAAAAUUAUGUUCAAUAGAUUUAACUGUAUAUGACAUAUACAUAUGCAAUUCUCAUGUCCAAUUUAAAAGUAUUAUCGAAGUGCUAAUGCUACACGUACCGAUUUAUUUAUUAUUUAAAAAUAAAUUUUAUGCGAAAACAUGCUUCACAAUAGCGAUGUAUGUUCUGAAUUAUUUUCUCUGGUAUCUUAUAACAUUCUUAGCGACAAUAAAACCAUCAAUAUAUGUUUACUAUUACCUAUUGAAUGAUCAUAUUAAUCAGAUACUAAGAGAGAGUAUAAGUGAAAAUGAGAAAAAUAUAAUAUUACACUUUUUCUACGGUUUCUUUUUUGCUUCCUUAAUAUAUUUAAAAUUUUAUUUCAAUAUGGAAUUUAAAUUAAUAAAAAUAGACCAUAUGAAUCAUUUUCAUAAAAUGAUUAAUUUAUGUAUAGCAGAGGCCAACACAUUAAAAUCGAAAAAAAUAAUUAAAAAUUUCGAAAUUUUAAAAAUUUUCCCUCUAACUAUUGACUAUAAAAAUAAAGGAAUUUUUAUAGAGAAAAGCUUGUUGAGAACUGUUCAAGAAUUAGAAUUUGUAUUAAAACAAAGGAAAAUAAAAAAGGCAAAAAUAUGCUUUCAAAAUGUUAAGCAAAUAGCUAAAUACUGCGAUGAAGAUACUGCCAUGGAACUAUUCAAAAGAAUUAAACAAGUAUUAAUAAAUGAAUUACCACAUCGAGUUGCACUUAACUUAUCACUCAUGAUAUCUGACGAAAUGUACAAUAAAUUAAAAAACGGUGCUGUUGACUCAUCAUCCUCGGAACCAUUAAAGAAACAUCCACCCGAUUGUUUAUGUGAAUUGUUAAAGAAAACAGUAAUUCAUGAUUUUAUCAAAGUUGCAAUGGGUGUUGACAAGCCAAAUGCUGAACCUCACACGGGUCAAGCUAAUGCAGACGGCACAUACGAGGAAAAAAGCAACCCUCAGGAGGAUGCAAAAAUGUGA